AUGGAGACGGGAAAUGGAGGUUGUAGUGGUGGUGUGUCGUUUCCGUCGUACGACAGCAAUGGUUCCAGCGCUUCAAUGCGAAUGAGUAGGAAGACUCAUGAGGGAUCAUGUUUCUGCGGGUUGAAGGCUGUGAUAAAAAAAUCUGGGAUAGCAGAGAACCCAGAUAGAUUAUUCCAUGCAUUUCCAAGGUACCGGGACAGUCACUGUAAUUACUUUAAGUGGAUUGAUGAUGAUGACUAUCAAGCAGUGGUUGAAGGUGAUGCAAAGAAAGAUUCUAGAACUGAUUUGCAAGUUGAAAGUGACUAUGAUGAAUGGAGGGUGAAGGUGGCAUGGAGAUUGGGUAGUUUAAAAGAUUAA